AGGAAAUGCGAGGAAAUUUCUAGGUACUCCACGACUAAACGACUGUGAAGAAUUGUAGAAGAGACGACGACAACGACUCCACUGAUUUAGCAGAGAGAGAGAGAGAUGGGAGAAGAGGCAGAGGAUCCACAGAAAUUGAAGAAGAUAGCGGCGGCGGCAUAUGACUAUGAGAAUGAUCCAAGAUGGGCAGAUUACUGGUCUAACAUUCUCAUUCCUCCACACAUGGGCUCCCGCUCCGAUGUUGUCGACCAUUUCAAGCGCAAGUUCUACCAUCGUUACAUUGAUCCUGGUCUUGUUGUUGAACCAAUGACUACCAGCAGUUCAUCCCAAUCAGCAAGAUCAUCAGCCCCACAAUCUUCUUCUUCAUCAACUUCUAACAACCAGCCAAGACAACGUAACUCUGGGGCAGCUAAUAGAACUUCUGGGACAUCCCCAACUCCAACUCCAACUUCAAGUGCAACGUCACUGCGAUGGAACCGUCAAACUAUACAAUUUUCAGUGAAUGCUUGGGUCCUUGUUGUAGCAGUUCUUGCAAUCUUUCCUCUUAUACCUACAAAUCUGUCAAACAGAGCAUAUCGAUUGGCCUUUGCAGGCACUGCAUGUUCUUCCCUGUAUUCAUUAUACGCAUUAUAUGGGAAGCCUAGCGCUUGGAAUUUGCAGGCACUGCAAGUUUGGCUUCAGUCAGUUAUUAUGGCGAAAGAUUUUCUCUACUUCAUUUACUGCCUUACUUUUGUCACUUCACAUCUCUCCUUGAAAUUUGCUUUGAUUCCCGUGAUAUGCCGAGGACUUGAACAUGUUGCGAAGUUUCUUCGACGCAACUUCAACACAUCUUCUUUAUACAGGAAAUUCUUGGAAGAGGCUUGUGUAUGGGUCGAGUCAAACACAACUACUCUUAGCAUAUUGUCUUCACAGGCUGAGAUUGGGCUGGGACUUCUUUUAGUUGUUUCCCUAUUUUCGUGGCAGCGUAACAUACUACAAACUUUUAUGUACUGGCAGCUAUUGAAGCUUAUGUAUCAUGCUCCUGCUACUGCUGGUUACCAUCAGAGCAUGUGGGCUACUAUUGGGAGGCAUGUAAAUCCUCUGGUUCAACGAUAUGCUCCAUUCAUGCAUACUCCGAUCUCCAGUAUUCAACGAUGGUGGUUAAGGUAGAACUGUAGACGACAGCAGCAAGACAUAGAACAGGAUUCAUGACAGCUAGGUUGGAAGUGCUUUUUCAUAUUUGUACUUUGUCCCAGAUGACGAAUAUUGGCUAGACUUCUACUUUUCUUUUUAUAAACAGAUUAAUUAUAAUUGUGUACUGAAACUAAACCUAGUAAUAACCUUGGGGCUACUUCCAAUUCUUAACAUUUUUACCCAAGGUGACUUGUCCCCUUGGUUAUAAAUUAGUUCACCUUCCCAUAAUGUAAUCUACUGUGUUGUUUAGAAUAAUUCACUGAUAAUGGGAUUGAAGGGUCUUCUUUCUA